ACUGUUUGUGUAGCAUGGCCGUAGUUUCCACGUCUUGGAAGGUCGAUAUAGUUUUCCUUUUACUCACUUAUUACCUACUCUACCUACUCUCACUCUCACUCACCAACUCAUCAAUUCACCUACUCGUCUUAAUUUCCAUCUCAUCUGACCUAACAACGUGAACCUCGGUAUCUAACGGAAUCCCCAUCACGCCCGGAGUUAAGUUACUAUUAUUGAUAAUGAAGAAGCUAUCGCCCUUUAUAUACCUAUAUGAGCCCGUGACAAUCAUCACCACCCACCGUCCAAGUCUAGAAACUCCAAAACUCAUAUUGAUUGCGUCGUGGAUGGAUGCGCAAGACUUACACAUUGCCAAGUACAUCACACACUACCAGUCCAUCUAUCCCACGUCAAAAAUCUUAUUAGUCAAAUUCGUCUUGAAAGAGUCGGUAUCCGCAUCUUUCACACGCAAAGUCGUUGAUCCCGCUCUCGUCUACCUCCAUUCCCUAAUCGAUUCGGGAACUCUAUCAUCAUCACCACCUCAACCCGAAAUCCUUGUGCAUAUAUUCUCAAACGGUGGCUCAGCCACGACGCGGACACUCUACCAGUUAUUCCGAGCUCAGACAGGCUACGCCUUUCCCCUUCAUGCGGCAGUGUACGACUCUUGCCCAGGGGUUUAUUCGUUUACGUCCGUAUAUAGCGUGUUUAUGGUCAACUUUUCUGGAUUGGUCGCUCGUGCAGUUGCCGCUCCAUUCGUCUCUAUACUUGUGCUCUGGUUUUGGAUUUGGUACCGUCCCUUGAAAAUACUAUCCGGAGAGGAUUUCCUUUCGGCCAAUUCUAGGGUCCAUAACGACGUAGACCUUGUCCAGCAAACCAACCGGUCAUAUAUCUAUGGAAAAGCCGAUGUCAUGGUCGAUUGGAGACACGUAGAGAGGCACGCAAACCACGCUGCGGCAAAGGGACUAGUGGUACGAAGAGAGAUGUUCGAACAUGGCCCACACGUAUCACACAUGAGGACUGACGGCGACCGGUACUGGAAGAUCGUUAAAGAGACCUGGAAGAAGGGCACGAUGCGACAUUAGCUUGCAUACUUAUCAGUAUACAAAUUUUUAGACCUUCACAUCGAUUAGACUUCAGGAAGUUCAUUAAAGAAGCUCACUAAAGAAGCUCACUAAGGACCAAAGUAUAAAAUUAAGUUACGUCUCACGCACCGUCAUUGUGCGAGCGAUCUAGAGAACCCUGGUAAUGU